AUGAACGGACCUGGCUAUCUGGCUGUUGCAAUCCAGCCCGGCUGGAACACCGACGAGAGCAUUUUUCACGACUGGUAUAACACGGAGCAUGGCCCCUUGCGACUUCGGCUUCCGUUCAUCCAGACCGGAGACCGUUACAAAGCUAUCGACGGUCAGAAACCAGCGUGGUCGGCCGUCUACGAUGUCUCCGAUCUCUCGUGGGUGGAAAAGCGGAUCUACAGCCGCCUGCGGGAGGAGCGGUCGCUUCGGGAGAAGGCUAUCAUGGGAACGUUUGAAUCCCUGGACCGCAAAAUCUACAGCUUGGUGUCGGUUCGUGGCGAGUAUUCGGGCCCGCCUCCCGUGACCAUUGCGGCGUCGAUGAGGCUGAACGAGUCUGAUCUGGACGAGUUCAACAGGUGGUACGAAGAGGAGCACACCGAUAUGGUCUCCAAAGUACCCGGCUGGCUCCGUACUCGACGCUUUCGAAUGGUUGUGGGAGGCCUUCAGGGUAUGCCGCCCGCGGGGCAGGUCGAAUGUCUCGCAGUCCACGACUUCAAAUCGCCAGACGGUCUAGAGUCGCCCGAGGCCAAGGCAGCGCGCGACACGCCUUGGCGGACCAAGAUCAUGGAGAAGGUGCUCUGGAGUGACAUUCGAACGUGGGGCUACCAUCUCAGCUUUGAGCCCUUGGAAGAGCCCCCUUCGUCAGUCAUUACCACGGAUAGCGCCGAGUUACGUUUCCAGCUGGAAGGCAACCCAGCAGAUCCCGUCGUUGUCUGUGUCAACUCCAUAAUGACCAAUCUGCACAUAUGGGAUGAGGUUGCCAAGGCGUUGAUCAAAGGCGUGAACGGGAAAACAUAUCGCGUGCUGAGAUACAACUCACGAGGCUACUCGCAACAGGCCGAGAAGAGUAAUCACACCACCUUUGACCUCCUGGCGGACGACCUCGAAUACUUGCUCCAACGACUUGACUUAGAGAAGGUUCAUGCGGUGAUUGGUGUCAGCAUGGGAGGAGUUACGGCCAUUAACUUCGCCAUCAAGCAUCCGGACAUGCUAGAGAAAUUUGUAGCUUGCGACUGCAAUCUGGCUUCGAGCCUGGCCAACAGCCAAGCGUGGGCUGAGCGCGUCGCGCUCGCAAAGUCCAAAGGCAUGCCAGAGCUGGCCAAAGUCACGGUGGAACGCUGGUUUACCCCCGCGAACCACGACUCGCCCAAUGCGAAACAGACACUCGCGAUGGCGGAGCAGGCAAAUAUUGACGGCUUCGAACAAAACACGCACGCCCUGAGCGAUUACGAUCUCAAGCCGAAUUUGUCAAAGAUCAAGGCGCCGGGAUUACUGAUUGCCGGGCAAGGCGACGGCAAGAUUCCGGAGGCCAUGCAGAAGUUUGGAAUCCCCCACACGACGUUCACGGCGAUCCCGAACGCGGGUCAUCUCCCGUUUCUGGAAAACCACGAGGCUUUCAUGGAAGCUCUCGCGGCUUUCUUGUGA